AUGUCGGCACUCGAAAGUAACACCGUAUAUAUGACUCUCAAUAGCAGAGGAAUUCGGGGGACUUUUCAUUGGGGGCUCCUGGUCACAUCAGCGGCUCCUAAAGGACUAUAUUACCAUGCUACCAAUAAAGCUGGCGGCUGGCAAUUAGAAGCAAAGCCGUCCUCGAACGCGAUGAACUCCAUGAGUCUGGUACUCGUGUACAAGCUUGGAGACGUCUCCUCACCAGACCAGGUUGAUCAGGUAUUGCGGAGCGUGCCUGCAGAUGGUUCGCCAUCGCUGCGCACCGGUGAAGCUUUUACCUGCAGAAUAUGGCUCAAAGAUGCCAUUAUGGCACUCGACAAGAACCAGCUUCUUAAACUAGCCGCUCAUAUUGAUGAUAUCGAGAAGAAGGCUUUCGCGGCUGCCACUCGCUUAGAGCCUGCUAUUGAGGAAGGCCUCAUAAAAGCUAAGAUUGUCUCUACAGGCUCCUCUUCAUCUUCGUCUAGUCGAUGGUAG